AUGACGUUCUGGGAACAGGGCGCGGAUGGCCGUCAGGUGGUCAUCGACGCUGGUGCGGCCAUCCGCCUGAAGCGCUUGGAGCGCUUCGGAGGGCGGCUGGUGACCACCAGCGGCGUCUAUGCGGAGGCCGUGCGGAAGGGGGAAGGGCGGUGCUUCUGCGUGGAGGUAAGGGGGUCUUUGAAGAGGGGCAGAAACAGUAUUACUUGGCCUGUAGCCCCCAAACAGCCAAGAAAAAGUGCUCGAGCUUUUUGCGCUCGAUUUGGAGCCUUCAUAGUCCUUUUUGUUCGUUUGUUUUUUGCACUCAAAAAGUGCUCGAGCAUGUCUCCUAGACAAUGCAUUGCAUUCAAGUCCAUGCACACAUGCCCUGCACCGUAA